GCCCAGAGGCUGACCAUUGCAAAAAGCAAAACAAAACAAAAACCAAAGUAAUUGAUGGAUGUGUAGUUGUAUAUUUAAGUCGGGGCAAAUUCUAGUAACAUCCUGCUCGCUUGCUGAAUAGGCGGCAUGGAAAUCGAGAACGACCAGUCCUACCAGGACUUCUUCGACAAGCUGCGCAGUGACUCCGGGCCGCGGAACCUGCGCCAGAUCUUCGAGGACGACGACCGUCCUCUGGAGAGCGAAUCCGCCAGCUUGCGCUAUCAGCCGGGCGGCUCCAAGAAGCCGCAGGGCGCCAAAAAGCCGGUGGUCACCAGGAGCAGCACCCUGGACGCGGGAGAGUCUCCCACGGCCUGCUGGAACACGGUGAUCGCCAAGGUGGUGCACGCCUAUCAAGAUGCCGCCAACCUGGGUCGCGUGGGCCUGGCCCUGUCGAUUCUGGGCGAGAUGGAGGCCGCCAAGCUGAUUGUCUACAAGAGCAAAAACCAGGUGCUGACCACCCUGCAGCUGAAGCCCCACGGCGGCCAGGUCAUCCUGCGGCAGUCCUACCUGCAGUUCUACGAUGAGCAAAAAAGCUGCUGGAGCCUGCGGUUCGACAAGCAGCCGGACGAGCACGAGUUCGUGCGAUUUAUGGUGAAGAACGAACUGCCAGUGGAGCACUUUCUCAACCAGGAUUCCUCCUCUGAGGCGUUGUCAAAGAAAUCCCCGAGUGCCAGGGCUAAGGAGACGUCGGCCACCCCUCCGCAGCCGCAACCACGCUCACGCGUGGGGAUUCCCAGUCUGGAGAAGCUGGAGGAUGAGGAGCCCGAACAGGAGCCAAUCCCUCCCAGCGAGGAUGUGAUAGUCACGCCACUGCCGCGACCCAUAGGCUCAUCAAAUACUCACAGGAAGCCCAGCUCACACUCCCUGGCAGUGGCCACCGCUGGACAAACAAGCGAUUCCCCGCUGGCUGUGAAGACCCUGGACAAAUACCUGGACGAACAGCGGGCUUCGGGUCUGCUGAUGGAGCACAAGAUGGACGCCAUCCUGCAGGCCAUGAAUCGCAUGGGCAAGGCGGCAGCGCCCGUUGAGUCGGCACCUAGUGAGCCGCGGCUCGAACGCGACAGCGAGGACGAGAUGCUGGAGCUGGAGCAGAAGCUGCUCAACUUCAAGCGGGAGAACCGAGCCCUGACGCGGAACCUUAAGGCGCGCGAACAGGCCCUGGAGGACCUGCGCUGCUCCGCCUGCGCCCUGUGCGAGGAACUGCUGGUGCAGAACAGCGAUCUCAAGGAGCAGAAUGCCCAGCUCCUGGCCAGCCAAGGUCACCCCGGCGCGGCUGCGGCCUGUCACUACUGCGAGCAGUCUUCCAGGCAAAUAGCCAAGAUGCAGCGGCACAUCGCCGCGCUGCAGGAAGCCCUGCGGAUCUUCCAGAAGUCGGGCGACUCCAGCUCGGGUCGCUUAUAGUAGCUGCCUAGAUGUGUUUUGUAUGAUUACCCAAGAAUGUAUUAAAUUGUUUGUAAGGACUCGCGACAUACCCUUAAACAAGAGCCAGACACUACCAGUAGCCUUCAAUAAAAGCCUUUGGGACGAGACACUGGCCCCAUAUAGCGCUCUUUUCCAAGCUACUCGUUGAAUUCACGUAUGUGGAAGUAAAUACAUGUUCGACACAACA